AUGAGCGCUGCCUCCAAACACAAAGCAAUUCCUACCAUUCCAGAGACCGAGCACUUCAGAAGUUAUCCACAUGUCAGAGUGUCUCCAUCCCCACGGGAGGUGACCCGGGCACCUGGGCCCCACCUCGGAACCCCCGUUGCCUGGGCACCCAGGCAGGCCGUGCUGUGCUCUGGGACCAUGGAGCGGCGGUGGCUGCCCCUCCUGCUGCUCCUGGUGCCCUGGCUUCCGGGGCUGCACCCCUGCCUGCUCUGCUUUGGGCCCCCCAUUCAGUGGGCCCGGCUCUGCCGUGAGAUGGCCAGGAGCUCUCAGGACUCCCAGCACCAGCACUGCCUGGAGGCCCUUGCAGAGGCUGCUGUGCCACUUGCCCCCGUCACUGUGGGAGCAGCGCAGAGCGAAGCACUGCGGAAGAUCGUCAUGGAUGCCUUGCAUUUACUGGAGAAGCAGAAGGACAAGAAGCCUUUUGAGGUGUCUCUGCGGGAAGCCAUCCAAAUGAUUUGGGUGAAGCUGAGCCAGCUGGAGCAAGCUCCUGCCUGCAUCCCCCCCUGCGGGCACCAGCCGGCCGCGCGCAUCUUCCAGUGCUCAACCUGCCGCCUCGUGGACUGCCAGUUCCCUGUGGACUGCCCAGUUCAGGACUUGUGGGUCCACGAGGACGAAGCCAUCACGCUGCACUGCGACGUGCCCUUCGCCGUCCCGCCGGAGCUGCAGGUUACGUGGAUGUUCGCCAAGGACAUACGCACGCAGGACCUGGCGCUGUUUGAGGAGCUGCAGAGGGGCGUUGGGGAACCGCCCAGCCUGACCGUGCAGGACCCCACUCUGGGAACCGUCGCCUGUCGCCUGGGGGCCGCCUCUGAGACCCUGGCUCGCAAGUACUUCUACCUCAACGUGUCAGGGGGAAGCGUGGAGGCCGAGCAGGGGCUCCAGGCCCGGUUCAGAGCUGUGCUGCGCUGGCCCCAGGGCAGAGCCCCCCUGCACCUCACCACAUCCCUGCAGCUGGGACUGGUCCUUGGCUUCGUCAGCCUCGUGCUGCUGCUGCUGCUGUCUGUCUGGCGAUGCUGCCGAAAAUCUCCGGAGCCUCCCAGACCCCAGUGACUUCCAGGCACCCCAUGGACCUGGACACCAGGGCCCCAAUGGGAGCGUGGAUUCAUGUGGACUUACACCAGGAUCUUUCCUCAAGGGCCGAAACAUCAGCAGCUGCUCAUCGUGCAUUGUCUGUGGGGUGUAGCGGAGUCCUGGGUCCUUUCCCUGACUCUUUGCCUGUAUGGAGUGGGGGAGAAUUUGCCUUUGCUUUUGUUACAAAUUAUAAUUGUACUGUCUUCCUUAUUUCUGGGAGAGAGAAGGUAUGGGAUAGGAGGAGAUGACUCAACCUCACAGAGGCAGGAGCUGCUGUGUGCAGCCCCAGGACAGCCGUGUGUCAGAGGGUCCAACACUGCGCAGCUAGGGAGCGCCUGUAGUCCCAGCUCACUGCUCAGGUACAAAGGCAGCAGCACAAUUGUGACAUGCUCUGAGAACACAGAGUGGCCCAGGACAGGGCUGCACCGCCACUGCUGCUGCUGCUGCCAUGGAGCUUAAUGCACUGCAGCUGUUCCCAAAUAGAGCAAGUAAGUUGCAUCUUGUCCUCCGCACUGAGAUCUCUCUGCGCUGAGAAGCACCUGUGCAAAGGCAUGUAGACAUCCUUGAAGUGCAGGAGCUGGAAUCCUAAACUGAUUUGAUAUGUGCAUGGGCUCCUUGUCUUCAUGAUAAACUGUCCCCACCUCAGAGCUGCCCCAUGCACUCUCCUGGAUGGUCACUCUGGAGCAGUGCUGCUUCACAAGGAGCUCAGAUCAAUAGGAAAUCCACGGUGAGAAUUCCUGCAGUACAAAGAGCAGGGAAAGCAUGGGCUUGCUGGGAAAGAACUGAGCAAGGGAGAUUCAUCCUUGGUGGAAAGGAUCAGGUCAGGAACACUUGAGCAAGCUGGAUGUGGACAAGUUCCUGGGCGCUGAGGAAUGCACCUGCAGCUGCUGGGGGGCUGGCGGGUGUCAUGCGUUGCCACUCCCCAUCAGCUUUGACUGACUGUGGCACCUGCGAGAAGUAUCCAAAAACUGGAGGAAAGCAGACAGAAGGGGAAAAGGAGAAGGGCAACUACAGCACACCUCAGCCCCUGCCAUAACUUACAUGCAAAUCAUACCCCCUCUAUGUACCCUCCAGUCUCCUCUGUGGCCUUCUAAGUGCUCUCAGAUCUGUGUCCCACCCCAUCCACCCCUGGAUUCAUCCAGUUCCCAGCACCUCAGAUGCCCUCCAUUCUCACCGUGACCACUCAAGGUCUCUCCAGUCCCCACUGUUUGCUCUCCCUGCUGGAUGAGGACUGGCAUCCAAGUGUUUGUUCAAAAGCAGCUCUUUGGAGCUCUCAGCUCCGCCGUUCCCAGCAGGAAUUUCAUCCAAGGAGCUGAGCACUCACAGCAGAGAGCAUUCCAAGCACUCUUGCCGGCACAGGUGUUGUUUUCUUUGCAGCUGUGUGCCAGGCACCAUGGUCACUUUCUU